CACUCUAAUCAAUAGCACCAAAAAAACAAAAUAAAAAUAAAAUGGCCGGAAAAAACAAAUGCAUGGUCGUCCAUGCAGCUUUAAUCAUGACAAUUCUCCUCUCUGCCACCAUUGCCAUGGCGGACGACAAUACACCGGUACCAGCCGCCCUUUCCCAAGUCAACACGUGGUUCAAUAACAAUGUGAAGCCGUACACACAGCGGCAGAAAACGCUUGACCCUGCCGUUGUGACGGCCGAGGCUGGUCAAAAAGUCAUCAAGGUCAUGCAAGAUGGAAAAGGAAACUUCAAGACCGUCACCGACGCCAUUAAUAGCAUUCCGGCCGGGAAUACCAAACGUGUCAUUGUGUACAUUGGAUCAGGAGAGUACAAAGAAAAAAUUACGAUUCCGCGAAAUAAACCAUUUGUCACAUUAUAUGGUUCUCCAACGAAUAUGCCAAUUUUGACAUUUGAUGGCACGGCCCAGAAGUAUGGAACUGUAAACAGUGCUACAGUGAUCGCAGAAUCCGAUUACUUUGUUGCUGCUAAUCUUAUUAUUAAAAACUCUUCACCAAGGCCAGAUGGGAAAAGAGUGGGAGCGCAGGCAGUGGCAUUGAGGGUGUCGGGGAACAAAGCAGCCUUGUACAAUUGCAAGCUGUUUGGGUUUCAGGACACCCUUUGUGAUGACAGGGGCAAUCAUUUGUUCAAGGACUGCUACAUUGAAGGCACUGUGGAUUUCAUUUGGGGAAGUGGAAAGUCUCUCUAUUUGAACACUGAGUUGCAUGUGCUGGGGGAUAAUGGAAUAACGGUGAUAACAGCACAGGCAAGGGACUCAGAUUCGGAGGACACUGGAUACUCAUUUGUUCACUGCAAGAUAACUGGGACAGGCAUUGGCACAUACUUGGGAAGGGCUUGGAGGGCCAGACCCCAGGUGGUGUAUGCAUACACCAACAUGACCAAGGUGGUAAACCCUGCCGGAUGGAGCAACGAUAACCACUCUGAACGCGACAAAACUGUGUCCUACGGAGAGUACAAGUGCAUGGGUCCAGGUUCAAGUAAGAAUAAUAAGAGAAAUUUGAGCAAAGAGCUGACUGACGAACAAGCCAAGCGUUUCAUUAGCCUUGGCUAUAUUCAGGGUUCCAAAUGGCUGCUUCCUCCUCCAAAUCCAAAAGUGUAGUUUUAUAUAUAGUAUACGUAUAUACACUACUAAUAAUACUGUUAGGGCUAGGGAAAUAGUUGAUUUUUCUAUGUAUAUAUUUGGGUGCCAUUGAGCAAGCCACACGCAUGCAUGCCUCAUGCAAAAUGUACUUAUAUCAUAUUGAGCUAGCAGUGUAUAAAACUAAUAUCGUGCCUUACUUUGUAUAGAAUCCGCUUAUAUAUGCACAUAUAUUCGACUU